AAUGUAUGUGGGGAUUGGGAGCCGCAGUUGAGAGCAUGAGCCAGAACGGGCUGUCAUUUCACACACGGGUCGCAUUGCUGCCCACCAUUCUAUCAUCAUGACCACCGGUGAGGACACAGAACCAUCCCUGUGGCCGGAUCGGGCCCAAACCAGCCUGACUGCACCGGCUCCGGCUGAUGGCACAUGCCUCGAGGAGACAGAGGACCUGCCCGGUGGCCUUACUGGAAGUGGCGGAGCAUCUUGGGAGUCCACUGGCAGUGUGGCAGAGGUGAAGGAGAAUGUGCAGCUUCCAUAUCCCUCCCUUGCACCAGUGGUGUUCUUCUGGCUCCACCAGAGCACACGACCCCGAAGCUGGUGCCUAGCACUUGUGUGCAGCCCGUGGUUUGAGCGAGUGAGCAUGCUGGUGAUUCUGCUCAACUGCGUCACGCUCGGCAUGUUCCAGCCCUGCCAAGACCUGGAGUGCCACUCUGACAGGUGCAGCAUCCUGCAGGCCUUUGAUGAUUUUAUCUUUGCAUUCUUUGCUGUGGAGAUGGUGGUUAAAAUGUUGGCCUUGGGCAUAUUUGGUCCGAAAUGUUACCUUGGCGACACCUGGAACCGCCUUGACCUCUUUAUCGUCAUGGCUGGGAUGUUGGAGUAUUCUUUAGACGGUCAUAACGUUAGUUUCUCUGCCAUCAGAACCGUACGGGUUCUCAGACCAUUACGAGCCAUCAACAGAGUUCCCAGUAUGCGAAUCCUGGUGACGUUGCUGUUGGAUACUUUACCGAUGCUGGGAAAUGUCUUGCUGCUUUGUUUCUUCGUGUUUUUCAUCUUCGGAAUUGUUGGUGUGCAGCUGUGGGCGGGGCUUCUGCGCAACCGUUGCUUUUUUGACAGCAACAUCAGAAUGCUGUAUAAUGUUUCAGAGUCUGUGAGUGAAUACUACAGACUGGACGAAACCGAUGACGUUCCCUUCAUUUGCUCCACCACUCGGGACAACGGAAUGUUGCACUGCUUCAACAUCCCGAAGCGCAGAGUUGGAGGGGCUGAUUGUGAGCUCACGGCUGAUAAUGUCACAGAUCUUGUUUUCAAAGAUCCCCCUCAUCAUGGAUGUGUAAACUGGAACUUGUAUUACAACCAAUGCAAUGCAAGUGAACACAAUCCGCAUAAUGGGGCUAUCAACUUUGACAACAUUGGAUAUGCUUGGAUUGCUAUCUUUCAGGUCAUCACGUUAGAGGGAUGGGUGGAUAUCAUGUACUAUGUCAUGGAUGCCCAUUCCUUUUACAACUUCAUCUAUUUCAUCUUUCUUAUCAUUGUAGGCUCCUUCUUCAUGAUCAACCUUUGCCUCGUUGUCAUAGCAACACAGUUCUCCGAGACCAAACAACGUGAGAACCAGCUGAUGCAGGAGCAGCGGGCACGUUUUCGUAGUAACGAAUCCACCUUAGCUAGCCUGGCUGAACCGGGAUCCUGCUACGAAGAAAUGCUGAAAUACCUCGUCCACAUUUGCCGCAAACUUUUCCGACAUGCCACACGCCUCUGUGGCGAAUUAUGCCACAAGAGACGCAGGGGUGUGGCCAAUCCUAGCAGCUCCCUCCCAGUGGGCGGGACUAAUGGAUAUUGGAGUGACAAUGGGACAAAGAUGGGUCCGACCCAAUACUGUAUGCUGCAUUAUCAUCAUCCCCAUCAGCAUCAACAUUACAUCAACAAUGGCAUAGAAAUGAAAACACUCCAUCUCGAUAGAGAUGCUCAGAAUUCCAAAAAGACCCCAUCGCUCCCUCUUGCACUACAAAAUUUGAAGGGUUUGAGGCUCGGUAUGAACUAUCCCACCAUCCUGCCCUCCAAACUAUACGCAAAAUCACAUACUCGCUCACACUCGACAGGUGGAGUCAAAGCACCGGCUUUCCAUCAUGGACUCUACGGCAGGAAGAUCUCCGUUUGUAGUGGAUACCAUGAUACUUACAAGUUGCAGCACGGUGUGCAUCCUGGCACGUGCUCGAGUGUGUGUGUGGACAGCAGGGUGGGACUGGUGUCUUCAGAGUCGUCCUCCUGCCCAAUUUGUGCCCAGGAAGGCGAUGGUGUUAAUUGCGACUCCAACAGUGAAUCGGACCCAGAGAAACAGGGGCCCGACAUCAGCUCAGAACAGAGCAAAAGAAACCAGGAUUUGGAUGAAAAGGAGUCUGGGAAUGAGAACUGUGUGUGUAUGUGCGUUCAUUAUGCCAGAGCCAUUUUGAGGCGGAUUGUGGACAGCGAGUACUUCAACAGAGGGAUAAUGAUAGCAAUCCUUAUCAAUACACUCAGCAUGGGAGUGGAGUACCAUGAGCAGCCGGAUGAGCUGACAGACGUGUUGGAGAUCAGUAAUAUUGUCUUCACUAGUUUGUUUGCGUUAGAGAUGCUCUUGAAGCUUUCGGCCUGCGGUUUGUUCGACUACAUCAGCAACCUCUACAACAUCUUUGACGGGAUCAUCGUUAUCAUCAGUGUGUGUGAGAUCGUCGGACAAGCGGAUGGAGGGUUUUCGGUUUUGCGGACGUUUCGUUUGCUCAGGGUGCUAAAGCUGGUGCGGUUCCUCCCGGCUCUGCGCAGGCAGCUGGUGGUACUGAUGAAGACCAUGGACAAUGUGGCCACCUUCUGCAUGCUGCUGAUGCUCUUCAUCUUCAUCUUUAGUAUAUUGGGAAUGCAUCUGUUUGGGUGUAAGUUUACUCUGCGGUUGGAGAAUGGAGACACUGUGUCAGACAGGAAGAACUUUGACUCACUUCUCUGGGCCAUCGUCACCGUGUUCCAGAUUUUGACCCAGGAGGACUGGAAUGUUGUUCUGUAUAACGGCAUGGCCUCCACCUCCCCCUUGGCGGCUCUGUACUUUGUGGCCUUGAUGACCUUUGGGAAUUAUGUCCUCUUCAAUUUACUGGUUGCCAUCUUAGUAGAGGGCUUUCAAGCUGAGGGUGAUGCUAGCAGAUCAGACACUGAUGAUGACAUGUCGUCUGACUAUGGGGAUGAGGACAAACUGAGAGAACUGCUGAACUCUGGAUCAGAGAUGAAAAUGCAGACAUUAAUGCCCAUCUCAAACGGACACCUGGAACCUCGGGCAUCCAUGCCACCUCACAACACACACAUGCAGCUCAACGCCACGCCCAGAACUGAGAUGUCACACAUCUACAGCCAAUCACGACGCAACAGCAACACCUCCACUGAGCUGCAUGACCAGAGAUCCCUGUCCAGCCUUUGGGGAAGUCGCCGCUCCAGUUGGAACAGCCUUGGCCACGCCCCCAGUCUAAUGAGACGUGCUCAGUCAGGGGAGUGCGAAUCGUUGCUUUUAGGAGUGGGACAGGACAGCAUGGAUGACAGCCAAUCAGAAGAUGGGAAAUCCAUCAGGACUGGCAGUCUGGGCAGAGUUUCGUGUCUGGGGUCGUUUGAUUUUCCAGAGCUCCUCCAGGUUCCACGCCCAUAUUUGGAGUGUAACGGCAGAAUAGAUGGAGGUUAUCCAUCCUCUCCCAACAUAACACGUCCCGAUCCAACAUCCACACAGUGCGCAGAUGAUGAUGAAUUUGAGGAGAGCUGGUGUCUGAUUGUGAAGAGACUGUUGGAGCCGUAUAAACCCCAGUGGUGUAGAGACCAUGAGGAUUGGUCACUUUACUUAUUUUCGCCCCAAAAUAAGUUCCGUAUGCGCUGUCAAAAGGUCAUCACUCAUAAGAUAUUUGAUCAUAUUGUGCUGUUUUUCAUCUUCUUUAACUGCAUCACAAUUGCUCUAGAGAGACCUGACAUCCAACCUGACAGCACGGAGCGGAUGUUUCUUAAAGUGUCUAACUGCAUCUUCACUGUGAUCUUUGUGGCUGAGAUGACUGUGAAGGUGGUUUCUCUUGGGCUGUAUGCUGGUCCAGGCUCGUACCUGAAGAGCAGCUGGAAUGUUCUAGACGGCCUGCUGGUAUUUGUGUCUAUUGUGGACAUCCUGGUCUCUCUCGCCUCCUCUGGUGGGAACAGAAUUUUGGGUAUCUUGCGAGUACUGCGACUGCUCAGAACACUAAGACCCUUGAGGGUCAUAAGCAGAGCUCCUGGACUGAAGCUGGUUGUUGAAACAUUGAUCACAUCUCUCAGACCUAUUGGAAAUAUUGUGUUGAUCUGUUGCGCUUUCUUCAUUGUCUUUGGCAUUCUAGGAGUUCAGCUCUUUAAGGGGAAGUUUUAUCAUUGUGAAGGCUUUGACACUAGAAAUAUCACCAAUAAAUCUGAGUGCCUGCAGGCUAAAUACAAAUGGGUCCGUAGGAAGUACAACUUCGAUAACCUGGGUCAGCAAGCAAUAAAGAGCGACUCCAUUGAUUCCACAAACGCUGACUCCAGAGACACCUUACAUAUCCCGAGCAAACCCUGCUCCAGUGAUAACCUUCAUCUCAAAGUACCCAGCAUUCCCCUCACCGGUGGAUCCGCCCCGUGUUCGCCCCAGGCCUCACCUCCCCCUCCCCUCCGCAACCGGACAGCGAGCGUACAAACAAACAGACACGUGUACAGCCAGCGCAGCAUCCCCUGUCGACAAGCCGCGUACGAGACGCAAUCUAGAAAACCUCUAGAAAUAACGCACACACAUCCACAAACCAAACUACAGGAUUCGCAUGAGGUGGCCCGACUCAACACGAAUGUUCCCCAAAGAAGAGCCUCUCAGCGGGUGGCACGCAACCAUAACUUGUCCCCUUAUGAACCGCCCUUCUGUUCUGAAGCCCAGUCUCAAGAAUCAUUACACAUUGGGGCAUCCCGCCAGCCGGGCACCAGCGCUCAAUGUCUACGGAAGUACAACAGUAUGGAAAAUAAUGGCUUCCUGUCUCAACUCCAAGUCCCUCGGCGUCACUCGACGCAUGGGGAAGAGUUACUACUUCAGCAGCAGCCACCUGGACCUUCUCCAACGCCUAAGAAGGAGAAAAUGAGUCCGCCCUGCAUCUCCAUCGACCCUCCCACCGACGCAGAGUUUCUGUCUCCAGCAGUCAGUCAGGAGCACAGCAACGUCCUAAGACGGCGGACACCAUCCUUCGACUCCGCACUACCACGGGAGUCCAUAGAUCCUCCUGACAUGCAGGAUGAACCUCAUUUGCCAAGUCGUUUGCCCCUCCCACAAUUCUCUUUUGACCAAUCGGAUGUAAGUUCGCUGAGCAGCCUGUCGGAACUGCUUUCGGAUAGUGACCAGUCGACGCACUCCUUCCCUCCCGAGGCUCAGAGUCCACUCAGGAAGAAGGUAUUGGUCAGAAUGGCCAGCACUAGGGAUCCAGGAAAUGAGGAUUCGUUUGCCUAG